UCAAAUCAAUGUCGCUCUAACUACAUAUUUUUUAUUUCCUUUUUUAAUAAAAAAAAACUCCGCUGUAGCAAUUAAUAUUAAUUGCCUCUUUGAGCUCAUCGAAGUAUCGAAAGGAAAAGGGAGAGAGCGUUCGAAGGUGUAAAAAGUGCGAGCGAAGAGCGGUUCUCACUUUGCCCCGCAACCGGUUUCUCGCGCUCCUCGUCACCUCCUCCCUCCCGUUGUCGUCGGGCCCGGUCGGGCAAGAACGACGUGCAUUUCGAUCCGCCGACGAGCUAGGAAGUCGCUCGGUCCACCUCGCGAGCCAAGAGACGGCGCGAAGGUGGACGACACGUCGCAGGAAUUGUCGGAGCAGUGCGACGAUAACGUGUGAGGGUGAAAUCGGCUCGUCCACGUUCGUGCCUGCGUGGCGUUUCGCUUCGCGUGUUAAGAAAUGAAACAUUCGGGUGUUGUAAAAUAGAGGCUUGCAGAAGGAAAAGAAAGAGAGAGAGAAAUACCUCGUGACAAGGCGAGAACCGACAGGACCGAUGGCUCGUCCUUCCGGUCAGGUCUUGUCUCGUCUGCACUCUCUUGCACCUCAUGCGUUUAAAGCGAAGUCAGAAACGUAUUCCGCACAAGCAGGAAUAAGUACAAGGAAAGAAAUGACAGAUGAAAAACUAAUUGAACUUUAAUUGACCGAUCAUGCGUCGAAGGCUAAUCUUACAUCGCGUUAUCAUGGUUUAAUUCCGUCUAAUUUCACUGAUCUAGUAUUGCAGUUUUGGAUUUGAAAAAAAAGAAGGUAAAAUUUUUUACGGAGAUCAAUCGACGUACCGCGGAAGUAAUUUGCAAAGCUACAAUAAUUUUAUAAUUGGCAACAUUACGAACGAUAAUGCCGAUGGCUUUCAAAGGGAACGCGGAAACGCGACGAUUAUCGUCCGCCUCUUGACGGAAAUCGAAAUCGAAGUGAAUUUCAUCAUUAGCGUAAUCGUGUUCUGCUGUUACCGCGAGAGUUACGAAAGAAGAAGAAGAAAAAAAAAGGGAAACCUCGCGCACACAGAAGCCGACGGCGCGCAAGCGCGCGCGGUCGACUCGCACGCACUCAAUUGUCUCAAUUUCCUCGGCGUCGCACGACACGUAUAUUGCAUUGGUAGCAGCGGGCAGUGCCGGGGCGAGCGACAGCGAGGGAGCGCGAAGAGGGAGGACGUCGAGUUAAAUGGGAUUUCUUCUCCUGGUUACCGCGUAUCCGUGGCACGCGCCAGCACGUUUUCCGCGGGGUUCCAAGCGAUGUACCACCGCUGAGCCCGGCUGUCAUUCCACGCGGACGGUGUAAAUGGAGAGGCACCAAAUGCGGCGUACACACGCAGUCAUCGCGCCCAAAAGAUGGACAGAUCACGAUUACAUCCCAUGGAUUUACCUGCAAUCACUGUCUAUGGUAAUGGCAGUGUUAAAGGCAAGGCAUCUUUUGUUCGACGAUUGGCAAUAGGAUUUGUAAUUCUGGCCAUAUUAGGUCUCUUAUACGUGCCAGCGUACCACUCCGCUCAGAGUCCAUUUUUAAGCUUAAGUGAAACUCCAUCCUCUGCAGAGCCUCUCGGCAAUUCGCACUUGGUAGCAUCCACGGCUCAAUUACCCGGAUGGUCAUACAAUACAUCAAGAGAUCUCUGUGUUUACAUUUAUCCAGAGAAUAAUACAUCGAUUCUUAGUCCUACCGGCAUUUGUUCACUACCGCCAUAUUUGCUAAUAAUUAUAUGUUCGGCAGUCGCGAAUCAAGAAGCCCGUGCCGCCAUUAGGAAUACUUGGGCUAAUAAAUAUAACUUAGAUAAUUUAUACAAUUCUACAGUAAAAAUCAUGUUUCUACUAGGAAAAAGUGACAAUGAUACACUUAAUAAUCUGAUUGCUGAUGAGAGUUCCCAGUACAAUGAUAUUGUGCAAGAACGCUUCUUUGAUACAUAUAACAAUUUGACGCUCAAGUCAGUUAUGAUGCUAAAAUGGGUGACGUCGAAUUGUAAUCAAGCAAAAUACCUCAUGAAAACAGAUGACGAUAUGUUCGUGAAUAUUCCCUUGCUUCUGAAAACGCUGCACUCGAUAACGCAAGUGGAGACUCUUUUAGGUUCCCUUAUUUGUAAUGCUAAACCAAUAACAGAUCCCAAAAACAAGUGGUAUACGCCCAAAUACAUGUACUCGGAGAAAACAUAUCCAAACUACUUAUCAGGUACAGGGUAUGUUAUGAGCAUGGGCGUGGCAUCAAAGUUAUAUCAGGCGGCGUUGAUAACACCGUUGCUACACCUGGAGGAUGUUUACGUCACAGGUUUGUGUGCGAAACGCGCGAAAGUUCGGCCCGUCAAUCACCCUGGAUUCAGUUAUAUACCUCGUAAGAUAGAUCCUUGCGUGCUCAGGAACGCUAUUACCGCACAUAAGGUUAAUGCAUCCAAUAUGUAUGUGAUUUGGGUGAAAAUGAAUGAUACGAGUGUUACAUGUAGCAAUCGUACUCGUAUCGAGAGGAAACCGAUCACUUUGAGCAGAAGCGGCAGAAAUGCCGGGGGCUAUUAUGUUUAUAAUAGAGGAUUUAAAAGAAAAACUAUAAACAAAUGUGUUUAAGUUGUAUUUAUGAUAACAUUGAUUCCAUGAAUUGUAAGACUAAUUUUUUAUCGAGCUUCCUACUAAACACGAAUGGAAUUAAAUAGAUGAAAUGGGAAUGAACAUGUACAGAAGCUGUAGAUUUCCAAUGUUUAAGAUCUUUAAAGGAAGUUCUUUUCGAUUCCUUAUAAAGCUAUUUAUUUACAAACCUACUUGCAAACAUCGAAACAUUAUCAGUUGCUUUCUACCAUUAUGCCAUUUGUAUUUAUGUAACUCGUAGAUUUCCUCGUAAAAAAAAUGGAAUCCGAAAGUUUUAGAGUGAUAAAAUCAUCUAUGAAUUUUCACAAAUCUUCGAUUCUGUCAGGCUGUGUCAAAUUUCCAUUGUUAGUUUAAGAUUAAUAUUAAGUCUAAGUUUCAAGUAAGACUAUAAGCCAAUUGCAUCGAUAAUCUAACUGAUCGUUCAUCAGUUAAUGGUUUACUCUUUUCUUAUGAAUUAUGAUUUUAUAGAUAAAUAUAAAUAAAUGAAAACGGAAGAUUUAAUUGUUUAUAGUAUUAUAUUAAUGUUAAUCGAUAUUGAUGCAAUUGGUACAAUACGUGGAACGAUUGCGACAGACGACAUACCGAAGGUUUUCUAUAUUUUUCUAUUUAAACCAAAGUAGUAUUUAAGGAUACGCUGUCAAUUAGACAUUUUACAUAAUUUAUGUUACCUUUUUCGCCUUUUUAUGUAAGUAAGGUAUGACAAGAAAAUGGCCAGAUCUGAAAUAUAUGAUCUAAGGAAGAAUGUUAAUUAUGUUAUGGACAAUUUUUUGGAGUUAGAUUUAUUGAUUAUCUACUUCCAUUAAGAUUGUCAUUAGACAAACUAUGUUACGUGAAAAACUUUUUCACGUGUCAUGACUUUGUUACGAUGAUAUUCUAGAAUUGAAAAAUUGACAGUUGAUACUUUGUGACUGAAAGUCACAAAAACUUUAUUUUAAUAAUAAAAAAUAAUGGUGUUGCUUCCACGUACUUAUGUAAAAUUAUUUAGGAACGUAAUAGCAUUGUAUUAUAUUAUUUAAUUUAUAUAUUUCAAACUUUCCUAAAUAGCCUUAUAUUUCCUAAGCACAUAUAAAAAUUAAAUACGAGAAAAUUGCUUCCUCAAUUUAGUAACAUAAGAUAUAGAUAUUAUUUUCUAUUUAAACAACAAUAAUGAGACUUAUGCUAAUGACUUAAUAUGAAGAAUCCGUCUCAUUCGUAAUCAUAAAUAAAAUUAACCCAUUAAAUUCACUGAUAUUUCUAUUAGUAAACAAUUUUAUAUACUCUAUAAAAUUAAACAAGUUUUAACUUAUAUACACAUACAUUUUAUAACAUAAAAAUGCUUGCUUAUUUUAAUUCGCUUUAUAUUUUUAAUUCAUAUCAGUUGAAAAAUUAUAUAUACAAUUAUACAUUAACAUUAAAAUAUUUCACUUUUUAGUUUUCCAAACUCAGCCUAUUGUAUUGUCUAUUUUUUAAGACAACGCUUAUUAAGACAUUUCACAUUCAAAAUACAUUUCAUGAUCAAAUAUUUCUUUUAUCUUCUUAAAAAUAAUGUCCAAGAUUCAGUCUUCAGUUUCAGUCUAUACAUUUUUUUACAUUGAUAAAAUUAUAUAAUAAUAAAAAUGCAUUUUAUAGAUAUAUUUUAAUUAUAUAUAACUUUUCUAAAACAUACCUAUUCAACUUCAGUUCAUUCGAAUUGAACUUUUGUAUGCGUGUGCUUUUUAGAAUUAUUUCCUUAAAACAGAAAUAGUCUAUAUUCUAUAAAUCUAUAAAGAAUAAGAAUUUUACAUGUGUUUUACAUUUGUAUACUUUUCGCAGCUUGUAAAUUUGAGUCUCUUUCAGAAAUUUUUGAUCUAAAUUACACAAUUUUCAAUCACUUUUAACAAUUACGUAAUAAGCGUGUUUAUCGUAAAAUUAAACGAACAUCAAAUGAUAUUAUAGCGUGGCAAAGUCCCGUUCCAAUUUCUUAAAUAUUUGUAAAUGUGUGCUGUAUAUAGAUAGUAGUAUAGUUUGCAAUCCAUGGUAAAAUUCAUUUGUUGAUUGAGGAUUCAUUUAUUGAAACUGCACUAUGAUGUAAAAAAAUAUAUACAUAUAAUAAAAGGUAUAGUUCUAGAUAGAUUAUUGAGAUAGUUAUGUUAAGAGCUUGACGAUAUAGCCUAAUAUUUGCUCGAAUCUUUGAUCUGAACUCUGGUAGGAACUUCAUAUAAUUUAGCGUUUAAGUACACAAUUCGAAAGCUGUAAUACACCGCGUAUAUCAUUUGAUGUCAUAUCAGGAAGAUUAAGAAACUGGAGCAACAAAGGAGUUUACGAUUAGCAAAAUUGGUGCGUUCCUCGGUCCAUGACGAUGAGAUGUAACUUAGGAUUUGUAACUUAGGAUGAAGAUGAUUGAAAUGAUUCUAUGGGAUACCCUAGUGGCCUUAGAAAAUUUAUUUUCUUUUAUAAGAAUAGAUCUAAUGCUGAAUUUUUUACCAUUAGUCUGUUCUGAGCCAUUGUAAUACCCUCGAUGCUACUUUGAAUAUAAGUAUUGGUGAAUUGUAAUACAAAUUAUUGAUAUACAUUUGAAAAAAUACAUUACACAAAUGUAAUACAAUGUAUCAUUUUGUAACUUCCGUCAGUCUUCACAUGGAACGUAUAAAAAGUCAGCCAAAAGAAUCUCUUUUUUUUUUUGAGAAAUAUAAAUUUCGAUGAUCGUGUAUGGAACACAAGUUAAAUAUGUCAUUUUAUAUCGCACUAUAGUAUCAAUAUACGUUUACAUCUUUGCGAAAGCUCUAGACAAGAACAUCGAUUUGUACGUCUAAACAGGAAUUGCGUAUAAGAUACAUGUAAAUAUUGUUAUGUUGCGUUUCGAAUAAAAAACAACUUUGAUGCAAA